AUGGCAAACAAGAGCUCUGCAGUGGCGGACGAGCCCAUUGAGGUUCUGUUCGCCCUGCAACCCAACUUCGACCUUCUUGACAUGGCAGGCCCUAUGGAGGCUUUGUCCACUGCCCUUCAUGACCAGAAGGACAAGAUGCCCGACCCCGCAGACUCCAAGGCCUUCGAGUGUACCAUUGCGGCCGCAGAGCCCAAGGUCGUCUCCGACUCUGGUGUUACCAUUGGCACCCAAAUCCCCUUCAAGGAGGCCUAUGAGCGCCUCAGCGACUUUGACGUCCUCGUCAUUGUUGGCGGCGACAGUGAGAACAUUCUCAAGAACAACGCCGAGCCCCUUCCUCUCAUCCAGGCCUUCUCUGAGCUGCAGCAGAAGGAUCCCUCCCACGAGCGUACCCUCCUCUCCAUCUGCACCGGUUCUCUCUUCCUUGCCAAGCAGGGUGUCCUCGCUGGACUCUCCGCCACUACUCACUCAGACUACAUUACCAAGUUCGAGAUCCUUUGCAGCGAGGCCGCUACCCGCAACCUCACUGAGAGAACUGAUGUCAUUGACGAUGCUCGCUACGUCGUCAACAACCUCCGCUUCGAGCUCGGAGAUGAGGACGAGAACCCCUACGUCCGCCGCAAGUCCGACACCGGUCGCCGACCCUCUAACGCUAGAAAGGGCAGCAUGUCCUUCAAGAGCUCCGGCCGCCGCGAGUCCAUUACUCGCCGUGCCGCGAUGCGCCUCGGCGGUCUUCGCGUCAUCACCGCCGCUGGAGUCAGCGCCGGUAUCGAUGCCGCUCUGUACCUUAUUAGCGCCCUUGUCGACGACGCUUCGGCCGAGGAGACCGCUCGCUACAUGAACUGGACCUGGAACAAGGGUGUGGUUGUUGACGGCCUUGAUGUCUAA